GCGAACCGGCGUGGCCAGUCUCGUUCCAGCCUCGGCCCAAAACACUUCUUCGGUCGCGUUUGCUCCAACUCUUCUCUCCUCACAAAAUUAAGCAAAACUUUACUGCUGCCAGUGCUCUCUCCAAAGACGUGCUCAGUGCCCGCUCGUGCGGAUUAUUUUUGGAUUACAAAUUCCCGAGCUGCCGAGUCGUCGAGUUGUCAGUUGUGGUGGGCGUGAUUAACUAGAUCGUGUACCGCGCGCUGAAAACUGCAGCGAGGACAAUGAAAGUGUAGACCUGGCCGUGGCAUCUGGCUGCAGCUUGACGAAGACAAUGGCUGGUGCACACGCGAUGCUCUGGCUGCUGUUGCUGGUGGCAGGUGGUGCCGCACUCGCCACCCCCGACGACGCCCUGGACUUCCAAAAAAAUCUUCCGGCUCCAGAAGUCAUUUGGGCAGUUCAAGGCCAAGACGCUGAGUUGCCAUGCGACAUCACAGCCCCAAUUUUAGGGGACAAAGUCAACAUGGUGCUUUGGUUCAAGGACAGUACUGGGAUUCCGCUAUACAGCGUUGACGCUCGCGGCGGAACCCUGGAGUCUGGACCGCACUGGGCGAUGUCCAGUGCUUUCGGCUUAAGGACCUUUUUCAUGAGUGGCACGAACGGCGCCGGAAAACUGCGAAUCAAAAAAGUUGAGGCCGAGGACCAGGGAGUGUACAGAUGCCGAGUCGACUUCCUCAACUCUCGGACCAAAAACUUCCGAGUCAAUCUCACCAUAGUCGUUCCACCCGACACUCCGCAGAUUUACAACGCCCAAGGGGAAGAGGUAGUGAGUGAGGCAGGUCCGUUCCUAGAAGGAUAUGACCUAUAUCUGUCGUGCCAUGUGACGGGAGGCCAGCCCAAGUCGAGUGUCUCUUGGUGGAUGGGGAACCAGCUGCUCGACGCAACGCACGACGCCGAAUCGACCAACUCGAACGUGUCAAUCAACCAGCUGUUCCUGCCGAGCGUCGGUCGUUCUUUGUGGGGCCAACGCAUGGCCUGUCACGCCCGAAACUCAAAUAUGACGUCCUCGGUGGUGAAGGAAGUGGCCCUGCUCAUUUACUUAAAACCAAAAAAGGUGCAUAUAAAAGUGAGCCGAGGUGCAACUUUUUCUGCUGGACGAAUGCAUCAACUAGAGUGUGAAUCGUGGGGAUCGGUGCCAGCACCUAGAAUGACGUGGCUUGUAGACGGCGAACUACUCAGACUGGCCGAUACAGUUAUAACGCACGGUCUCAACUCGAGCACAAGCGCUCUGGUGCUGCAACCCACGUUGCAAGACCACGGCAAAGAACUCACCUGCCGGGCUGAAAAUCCAAGAUUUCCCGGCGGAUUCGUCGAGGACAGGAUUCGAAUGAACAUUGCCUAUGUGCCGACUGCGUACGCAAAGCUCGGAGUUAACAUCGACCCACACAACAUCAAAGAAGGUGACAACGUUUACUUUGUGUGUGAUGUGACCGCAAAUCCACCAGUCAACAACAUCUCCUGGCUGCACAAUGAAAAUCCACUUUGGCAGGACGCGGAAAAAGGCGUCAUCAUGGGCGACAAGCGACUUUUGCUCAAAUCCGUUUCUCGGUCUGCUGCCGGCGCUUACCAGUGCGUGGCCUCGAACAGCGAAGGCUCUUCCAGAAGCGAACCUGCCCACCUCAAAGUUCUCUUUGCCCCUGGUUGCAAGGGAGUGGGUCAGCUGCAAAUGGGAGCCCUUCGGCACGAGACGAUCGGCGUGCGUUGCGAGGUGGAAGCCGACCCGCCCAUGGUGAGGUUCAGCUGGACCUACAAUCGUUCUAGGGACGUCCUGCACGUUCCUGGGGCGCGGGUGCACUCGAGCGGACUCACCUCGACCCUCGACUACACGCCCGUGAGCGACGUCGACUUCGGCACCCUCGCGUGUUGGGCGAGCAACUCCAUAGGCCGGCAGAAGGUGCCCUGUCUGUUCCACAUUGUGCCUGCGAAAACGCCGCGGCCCCCGGAACAAUGCACCAUCACCAACAGCAGCUCGGCGCCCUCAGGUCUUGAAGUGGUCUGCAUUGCUGGCGAGGACGGCGGUUUGCCGCAGUACUUUGUCCUCGAGGUGUCCGAAGCGAGGAACAACCCUCUAGACAGGCGGAGGGACGACUCGGAUCCGGACUCGGAAGACUCGGACGAACAGGUGGUGUCGGUGGGAGCGGCCGUGCAGGCGGACGGACCUGCCGGGCUGACGCCCAUCAGCAGGGUCGUUUCUCCGGAGCCUAAGUUUUUCCUGGAGAACUUGGACCCGGGGAGGAAGUACGAUUUGUCGGUUUACGCGGCCAACGCGAGGGGCAAGAGUGAAGUCGUGCUUCUGCCCAAGGUCAGGGUGUUUGCUUCGGAGGAGCACCGACUGGCUAGCACAGGCAACACAGUUGUAGACGAAGUGGCUCAACCUGCCGCUCUAGUUUUGGGUGCACUUGUGGCCGUAGCCUCGCUGGCCCUGUGCUGCCUAUUCGCAGCCGUGGCCACCGUACUUUGCCGGCAACGCCGCUCGAGCCGGCCGCGAGCAGCCGUCAAGCCGCCAGCCCCUGAGGAGGAAAAGCCGUCGGUCGAGUUGAGCGUCAUCAGCGCCCCUGCCACUGUCAGGCCGCACCGACACCUGCCCACGCAGCGCAGAAGUCAGGUCGAGGCUGAAAUGUGUCAGCAGCACGAGGCCUUGCUGGCCAAGGAGGCCGCGGUGGGGCCGGUUCACCCACCCCCGCCGCAGGAAGUGUGCGGCACCUGGAGAAGAAGUAAAGGGGAACUUCCUCGAAUCGUUGAGCCCGAUCUGAUCGUUUCCAAGGCCGAGGUUGUUCUCCACCUUCAGAAUUCCGGUCUGGCUUCGAAAACGAUACCGGCCGAAAUGUGCAUCGAGUUUCUCAGCAACUCCGAGCAAAUCACGCAAAUCUAAGAAGUGUUUGUUCAAGAAAAACACUUGUGACUGUUAAAAAAAACUGCAUUUAGAUUCGGCGCAACAGCCGUACAUAAAAAAGGAGCUCCGAAGUGGUCUGAAAAACAACGUUCUCCCGAAUCAGUGUGCCAGGAAAAAAUGUUGGAGAGAGAAAAAGUGUAUUUUUGUUAAAUGUGCUUGUUGGACUGAAACGGAUUCUACAAGUGCUAUAAAGAAAGAAAGACGCUUUUAAGGCGCGCGCCAAAUGCUCAAAUGUGGUCCAAUGGACAUAAGAACUUUAUUGCCGACGACCCUCUCCGAAAUUCGCUAAAGAUUUGUUGAAUGGAAGCCAAAAGAUUUUAUCUCUCUCGAGCUGAUUAAAGUCUAUGUAUUAUAAAAAUAUUUAUUUGUAUGCUAAUGUGCAAAAAUGUUCCCAGUGCGUGGAAAGAUAUAUACGAACACUUGUUCUUAUUACCAUUUGCGAUUGAAAUUUUAUAAAGAAACACGAAAAAUUGUCUUUAUAGUUGAUAGUAAAAGAAGAUUUUAUUAGAAUAACCCGCACGGAAUCUCCUGACAAAAAUAACAUUUGCUGUCUCAAUACCAAGAAAUGAACUCACACAAAUUUCGUAGCAAAUUUAUCGUUUACGUGUAUAUUUAUGUAUGAUGUACAAAUUAAUUUAUGUAGCCACUUUGUGUUGCCUUACUUAAAAAAAUUUUGCUGAAAGUCACGCAGAAUUCCUCAAAAGUCUUUUUGCGAAUCAGAGUUAAUUAUUCUCUUUGAAGUUUGCUGCCAAAUUAAGUUUCCGUCUCCAGUUUCUCUCUUUUGCCAAGCUCAAAAAAAUGCUCAACAGUGUGUGAAAAAAUGGUACGCAACACCAACUACAUUCUGCGUGGCUUGCUAUCUUUUUUUCCACUUGUAAAACGUUUUUUGUUGUGGAAAAAUCCGACAUUCACCGUUUUCGUUCUUCUUGACGCAAAACAGGGCAGAGCCAACUGCGAAAAAAAUCUCCGAGCGCGCUUGACGCGAGGGAAGUUGUGUUUGGUGUAACAAACAGCAAUUAAAGCAAUGGCUUAGAAAAUACGA